ACAGAAUCCGCGCGAAAUGGUUGCACGAAGAAUCGACUAGAGUCGGCGUCGCUCGUUUCGUUUAGUUACGCACGUCACAUCAGUUAGGCAGCUCAGUUGAGUAGUGAUCUCGAUAGCUGACGAACCGUACGCACUACGCACACGUGCCACUCGCGCCCAUCCCUUCUCCCCGUCAAAUUCGAAACGACCCCGCCGCGCCGCUCGCGUCUUGCGUCUCGCAGCUCGCAGCUCGUUCGGUGGUCGGUGACGCCGUUUGUCGACACGUUGUGCCGCCGACACUAGUCGCAUUCGGUACCGUUCCGCCCGGUGCCUUGUCUACUUAUAUUAUGUAAUACGAAAAUAAACACAUUGAAUACGAAACAAACACGUGUGCGAACAGAGCGGCAUAUUACCACAAAUAUAUCGCUACACAUUACCUACUAAAUAUUUCAAACUUCGGGCCCCUUGGCUUUUAUUCUACCAAAUCUACCGCGCUUAAAAAUAGUGUUUUAAAUUUUACAUAAAUAAUAAGCAACGAACUGUUUAUAAUUUGUAUAGUUGUAUUUACGCCGUUUAAUAUAAACUUGAAACCAAAUACUAAAGUGAAAUGGCCAACUCAGUGGAACAACAAUUUAGCGAGCUUAAUUUAUCACAAGAGGACCAUGAUCAAAUAUUUGAACACGACGAUCACCCCCACGAUCACAGGGCCAUUAAUGGUCUAAACGGGAUAGAACUUGAGGGUUGUCGCAUUAAAGUGGAGGCUGCGGAGCAAAACACUCGAGGCGGGCGGCGGGGACGUCCCGGUGGCGGCCGGGGUGGCGGCGGCGCUCCGGGCGGCGGCUCGCGCCCCACGGACUUCCCACUGCGUCUGCUGGUACAGAGCGACAUGGUCGGCGCCAUCAUCGGCCGCCAGGGCAGCACCAUCCGUCUGAUCACGCAGCAGAGCCGCGCUCGUGUAGAUGUCCACCGCAAGGACAACGUCGGUUCGCUUGAGAAGGCUAUCACUAUUUAUGGCAACCCGGAAAAUUGUACCAAUGCUUGCAAGAGAAUACUCGAAGUGAUGCAACAAGAGGCCAACAACACCAACAAAGGUGAGAUCUGCUUGAAGAUUUUGGCGCACAAUAACUUAAUUGGCCGCAUCAUCGGCAAGGGCGGCAACACCAUCAAAAGAAUUAUGCAAGAAACUGAAACAAAGAUCACAGUAUCUUCAAUCAAUGAUAUCAGCAGCUUCAACUUGGAACGGAUCAUAACCGUAAAGGGAACCAUUGAAAACAUGGCCAAAGCAGAGUCGCAAAUUUCCUCUAAGUUGCGCCAGAGCUACGAAAGUGAUCUGCAGGUGCUGGCGCCGCAAAGUAUUAUGUUCCCGGGACUACACCCGAUGGCCAUGCUGUCGACGGGGCGCGCCUUCUGCGGCGCCACUCCGCCUUUCCCACCGCCUAUGUAUGCACCAAUGGCUGGCCAGGGUGCUCAGCAGGGUGCUGGUGACUCACAGGAAACUACGUAUUUGUACAUCCCGAAUAAUGCAGUGGGGGCAAUCAUUGGUACAAAGGGUUCCCAUAUUCGCAACAUCAUCAGAUUCAGCAAUGCUUCGGUCAAAAUCGCUCCUCUGGAGCAGGACAAGCAAGGCGAGAACCAGAACCCUCAGCAGGAACGCAAGGUCACCAUCGUUGGAAGCCCUGAGGCUCAAUGGAAGGCGCAGUAUCUCAUUUUCGAGAAGAUGAGGGAAGAAGGUUUUAUGUCUGGCUCUGAUGAUGUACGGCUAACCGUGGAGAUCGUGGUGGCAUCGUCUCAAGUGGGCCGCAUUAUCGGCAAGGGCGGGCAAAACGUGCGCGAACUGCAGCGCGUGACCGGCUCGUUGAUCAAACUGCCCGAACAAUCGCAACAGCAGCAGGGCUCGCAGCAACAGGACCACGACACUACAGUCCACAUCGUCGGUCCCUUCUAUAGUGUUCAGUCAGCCCAACGCCGGAUCCGUGCGAUGGUGGCGCAGGCGAGCGCGCCGGGCCGCCGCCGCGCCGCGCAGCCGCCGCCAGCGCAGCAGUAAACACUUCAGUCACCUCUGCAAUUCCCCCGCGCGCCCUCACUACCGUCUCACCCCUGACUCCAGCAGUUCCCGCCAGCAUCGGCCGGCCACUGAUCUUGUGAUCCGUCAUUACAACUGAAGAUUGCUAUUCGACUAACUCCUACAGCUGAGGCCACCCUAGACCACAACGGACACUUUGAUCCUUAGGCAGUAUCUCGAAUAACUGUGCAGGCAGGCUGUUAUGUUGGCAACACGUGUCCAGAUAUUGUUGUUGACAUAAAUAUAUUAAUCUAGUGAAUUUGUAAUUAAAUAAUAUUGAUAAAUCCAUAUUUUAUCCCGGUAAUUAUCUAUGUUGAUGAUUAAUAAUUGAAUAUAUAUUAUUAUAUAUAAUAUUAUUCAUAUACACUAUUUUUUAACGAUAGUAAUUGUUAUAUUGUUUUCAUACAGUUUCUCGGCUGCAUUAUAAGAGUUGACAUAUAGAUGCAAUAGUUAAUGAUUAUGUUCUCUAUACAUAAUAUACAAUAUACACAGGUUAAUAGCGAUAUCUAUAGUACCACACCUUCUUAUACAACUGAGAGCAUAUUUUGUUUUGUUAUUAUGUAAUAGAUUAAUCUGUUGAAGUCACUACACUAUAAUGUUAAAUAUUAUUUGAAGGGUGUGUGGGAUGUAAACCAACUUGGAAACGGAAAUUGUACACAACAUCGCUUUAAUGAGGAGGCUCAAUGGACUAACGUAUGCUUUUCACAUUAUAUUUUAGGAAUGUUUCUUGUAUCGGAUUAUUGGAAUUUCUGCAUGCUGCGUCGUAAAUCAGUGAAAUGAAUCGACGUGUGCCUUGGGUGUUUAGUAACAAAUCCGAAGUGAAAGCCGAUCGCAUGUCGAAUCGGCGAGAUUUUGUGACGAGCCUUGACUUGACUAGCGGCCGCCAGCUCUUGCGCCCCGCGGCCGCCUCCACAUCGAUAUUGGAGAUGAGAUCCACCGACGAUGGAUAUAAAUAUUUUUGAUAUGGUAGUAAUUGUUGGAGACUAAGGUAACCUUAUGAAUUUUAAUUUGUAAGUGGCAUUUGUUGAUCGUUUUCUUUGUAAUUUUGUCUUUGUUAGCUUUAUAGUGUUUUCUUGUAUUGACAAUCUAAAUGAAGAUUUUGAAAAUUAGGAUGAUACCUUAGCGAUUAAUGGUGCGAGUGUAAGCGUCGUAUUGUUUGGUUCUGUCGUGAUGUUUUAUUGAUUAUUAUUAUCAAAUGUACGAUUUGCGUUAUAAUUGUGCCAAGUGAGAUAUUUAAAUGAGAGUUUUAAGAUUAAGUGAAUAAUAUCAAAAUUAAUGAAAGCUUAGAUAUUUAUAUUUAUAAUUGUGAUAAAUAAUAUAUGGAAGUUUUGGCAAAAAUGUUACUAAGAAUGUUUGAACAUUCUUAUUUCCAUUUCCUCAACUUUAGGUUAGAUUGUAAUAAAAUUGUAAAUGGUUCGCGUGUAGGCGAGCAGGCAUGGCAGCAGGAACACGGUAGGGGGCCCGGGGCACGAAGCAGGACGCCCGCUGCCCACGCCACUGUCCGCUCCCCGCUCCCCACCCCAGCCGGGCGCCGCUCGCCGCUCGCCCGCACGACCCGGUACUUCGAUAUGAUGUCACUACUUGUUACAUCUAUUCCGUGUCCCAAGUGCAUCAAAAUAAUUCUCAUUUCAUUCAAUAACAAGGCCUUCACUUUUGUUAGAGUGCUGAGCGUAUAGAGGGGGUACAUGGGUACACUUAUUAAAUUUUAUUAUAAUAUUGACUUAGGUUCGAUUAUUAUUCACUGAUUUCCUGUAUAACGCGCAAGCAAUGUUUUACAUAAGUUACACAAAUAUCUGGGAAUAAAUAAAGCGAAUAGUUUGCCAUCGUUUCUAUUGCUUCCACAUAUUAUUGACAAUAAAUCUCACAUUUGGCAUUAUUCCUAACAAAUGAAAUUAUUAAAAAUGUAUUAUUGUAUAUUGUAAUUUAUCGAUAAAUAAUAUUUUACAUUGAAAUAAAGUAUUAAAUGUUAUAUUGUAGCACAUGUACUGUUACCGAACCAAGUGUCUCACUGUUAGUUCCUGGAUUGUCAGAUUUCUAUCAAGCAUUUAUUGAUAUAGUUGCAAUAGUUAUAAAUAAUAAUAAUAAUAUUAGUCACUAUUCACUAAAAUAGCACAAGAUCCCACUUGGUUUAUAUAAACAGUAUGUGUGAAAUAUCUCUUACAUGUACUACUAAGUUUGGUAUUAUAUUUUGUAAAAUAUGCAAACCUACAAUGUUUAGUUUUACAAAAACGCAUCGUUAACCUAAUAUUACCACGACAGUGUAGCAGACCUAUAAAUAUGCCAAUGCAAUAAUUUUUUUUUCACUAGUUCAGUUGUGUUUAAUGAUUAAUUACGAAUUUAAUAUUGUCUUUGUGCAUUUUUUCGAUGUAUUGGCAUAUUUUGCUUCUCACAGAAAUGUUAGGAUUAUUGCAAGUUUAUGCUAUUUCACUGUUUUUCAACAAAAUGUAACGAAAGUACAUUAUUUACAUGUUUAGUGUCGCACUUCAUACUAAUGUAUAACAUCAAAACGAGAAUAUUUGGGUAUCUCUCCAACGAAUCGAUUUCGCACUCCAAAAAUACUACACUAGAGAUUUGUUCGAACUUUGCCCACACGAUAUCCCGGUAUACGUGUUGUAAUAUUUGGCGAGGUAUAUUUGAUUGCGUAUUUGUGUUGGAGAAUCACUCGAUAUACGCUACGAAAGAUUAUAUUAAAAUAAACGGCCAUCAGCUUACAAAUUAAUUAAUUACAUCGUUAUGGGUAAUAUUGAGAACCUAACGUUAACCUAUAACAUAUCAGGGAAAACAAACGUCCACGAAAUGUUAAGCGCGGCGAAGUCAUGCUCAAUGACUGAAUAAUAUACAUCAUACAUCUUUGAAUUCAGACUGAAUUAUAAGCCUGUGCGCUGAUUUAAUAUAUGAAGCAUUUAUUGUGUAGGUAAACUUACUCCGACAUUUUACAGUCUUAAAAAUUACAAAACUGACAUCCAAGACUGAUACUAAAAUAACUCGGUUUUGCGACGACCCAUCUUUUGUCGUCGGACUAGUGAUGUGUGUCCAUGAUGUAACUGUCAGGAAGCCUAAUACCGUACCUAUUGCCUAUACGAAUAGAAACGGGUCGGGUAACCGCGAGCUGUUUGCUAACAAAUUGAAUUUGAUUGCUCUUUGCUUGGGUCACUUAAAACUUAAAAGUUCUGAAACAGGGAGAAUUCAUUACCUUAAAUUUUUAAGUACCCUCAAGAGCAAACAUUAUUAAUUCCAAUUAUUUAGUUGUUUUUAAGAUAUUAGUUUCCAAUUGCAUGUUCGGCAUAUAAACAUUCCAAACUUAAUAACACCACAUGCUGAUUGAUUGAUUGUACUUUAAACCUUUACAGCAAAUACGGGAAUCUAAUAUCUUAAAAUAGUUGCAAUUAUUACUGUACUUAUCAUAUUAUUAUGGUAAAGUCUGGUAUUACAAUUUUAUUGAAUGCUAUAGUUAUUCAAUGUUUUUCAGCGAAUUUGUUACCUUUGGUAACUUAUCCCUUUAUUGGGAUUCUUAUAUACUUUUGCUUAUAUUUUAUUGUAUUGGAUUAAUAAUUAAUUGUUCAGCAUAAAAGUGUAAUUCGUUUUUUUUUUUCCUGAAGUUAGAUGAGUACCUGUCAUUGGCCAGGUACAAUAAUAAAAAUAAUAAAUUAACUAGUCCUGCAAACAUAAAAUUUGUUCAAUUCGCUUAUGUAAUAAGUUGUAUCCACAACAAUUUUAAAGAUAUAAAACUUUAAUUUUCAUGUAUAAUGAGAAUGUGGCGAUGUUAUUUUUAACUUUUAAAAUCAGGUUUAAAAAAAACGAAUUGUGUAAUGUUGGUGUACUAUUAUAAUAAAUUACUAAUAAAAAGAAAUUGGCUUUGUGUUAAGAUCGUUUGACGUAGAACAUUGAUCAGACGAGAGUAUGUUGAUCUGACACGAACAGCCAGAUUCCGCUUGCAUCGGCUAUCAAUGGAAUAAAUAAUUGGUUACUUUCACUACAACAGAAUGUACAUAUAGGCGCGUUGUUUAUUCCUUCCAAACGUGAGCAGGAGAGGGUACAUUAUGAUUUGUAAUGUUAGGAUGCAGAUGAUAGUUUUAGUUGAUUAAUUGUAUCGUUGUGAAGUAGUUUAAGUUGAGAGUAGGCGCAGGCGGCGCGUGGCCACGAGACUGAAUUACACCCCUGCCGUCGCGCCGUCGCGCCCAUUACUUACAUGUCAUUCAUAAGUUCAUUCUUGUUUGAAGAUGGUUCUACUGUUAUUUACAUUACAUUUUUAAUAUUACUUUCUCAUGUGUGUAACAACUAUUUUGUGUAUACGUGUGAACGGCUGAUAUAUUAUCUAUUUUAUUAAAUGCAUGAUUGUAUUUCGAAGAAUUGCAUCUUAUAAAUGAAAUGAAAUUUUUGAGGAAUGAUUAUAAUUGUAUUCGUCUACAAUUUUAUGUUAAUGAGAGUCGAGCACGCAUCGCCUAGUAAUUUUAUUUGGUUUAUUUCAAUUACUUGUUAACUUUGUGUUUAGUGGGGAAACGUAGCACUCAACUCUGUUGUAUUGAAGUUUCAUCGAGUCUAUAACUAAGUGUUUAUGUAUGUGUAUGUAUUUAUGUAUCUUACUGGAAUAUAACAGUGUGUCGGUGGAGUUGCGCGCGGACGGGCUUACCGAGCGGCUCGCCGGGUCGCGACCGCUUGUCAGAGGAGCCGCGUCCCGUCGCGUCACGUCCCAUUGUGUACUAGUACGUUGUAGUAUCACGCGGACCACUGAUACCUGUUAUUUUUUAGAAUUUGAGAAGCUGUUAUUGUUGCUUCUCAUGGGUGUAUUCAGGUUCCGAUACACAGUAUAAUAGAGUAUUGUUUUAUUUUCCAAUAACUGUUCAUACUGGCAUUAAGGCAUAUUCCAGCGAAAUUUUCUUUGAAUUUUUACUGUUACUUUUAGAACCAUUUUAUAAUUGGUAUAAGUUCUGAAACUAAUAACUACCUCAAUAUUACUAAAUGAAUAUGAUAAUUAUCUUUGUGCAUGUUUUUGGGAACUGAAUUUUAAAACGCAAAUUCAAUAUAGUAUAAGAAUGCUAUUUUAAACAUAGUAACAAAAAUUUGUGAAAAUUAGGUUUCUUAACGUAAUAAAAGUAAUGGAAAUUA